AUGCCCGGCGAUGAAUACUCCGCCAUCAGCGGAGGCGGAAAACUGAAAUUAAAAGGCUCCAAAGUCAAAGAUGGCCGGGUAGACAAGACGAAAAAGAAGAAGAAGAAGACCGAUCAAGAUGGUGCUACCGCAGAGACAAGGGCAAAAUCGACGGAAGCUGAGCCUGAGAAACAGGAAGCUUCUGAACGGCAUUUUGAUACUGUCGACGACAAGCUGGAUGAUGAGCUAUCGGAGUCGGGCGAGAAGAGAGUGGUCUUCAAGACCGAGGCGGAAAGGAAACAUGAAGAGCAACGAAAGAAGAGGUUAAACGACAGACUGCGCCGGGAAGGCGUAAAGACACACAAGGAACGAGUGGAGGAAUUAAAUCGAUACCUGAGUACACUCAGUGAGCAUCAUGACAUGCCAAAAAUCGGGCCAGGAUAA